CACCACCUCACCGCCCUCUUACACCCCGUAUUCACGCGUCGUCGACAUGGGAGAGUCUCGCUCGGAGCUUCUGGCAUGGCUCAACGACCUGCUGCAGAUCAACUACACCAAGGUCGAGCAGUGCGGCACGGGUGGCGCAUACUGCCAGGUUAUGGACUCGAUCUUCGGCGAUGUCCCUAUGGCACGCGUCAAGAUGAACGCGAAGCACGAGUACGAGUUCAUCGCGAACUUCAAAAUCCUCCAGAACGUCUUCAGGUCUCACAAGGUUGAAAAGCCUAUACCUGUGGAGAAACUCGUGAAGUGCAAGAUGCAGGAUAACCUCGAGUUCCUUCAAUGGGCCAAGCGCUUCUGGGACACCAACUACGGCGGUCAGGGCUACGACCCCGUCGCACGGCGACGUGGCGUCCCCACCGACACACCCGCUACCAUUGCACCUCUCGCCCCGAGCCGCGGAAGCGGCGGCAACUUGCAUGCAGGAGGCUCUAGAGCGGGCGGCCGCACGCCUAUCACUGGCCACCGCUCGGGAUCUACGCAACCAAACGAGGCCCUCCAGAAUCUCCAGGCGCAGCUGAGGGAGAUGAACGUGCAUCUGGAGGGGCUGGAGAAGGAGCGUGACUUCUACUUCGCGAAGCUGCGCGACAUCGAGAUCCUCGUGCAACAGCAAAUGGAGGUGCUGCAAGCAGAAGAGAAGGACGACCCAGUCCUGCGCGACAUCCAGAAGAUCCUAUACUCAACCGAGGAUGGCUUCGAGGUGCCCGAGGCCGGCGUAGACGAAGAAGAAACGUUCUGA